GGUGGGUACGAAAGGUGAAGGAAGCAUGCACGCCCGCCCGGGAGGAGACCCUUGGAAGCUUGGCGGGGGAGAAAGAGCGGAGAGUGGGUUCUGCGGAGGGAAGGAGGCCCGAGUUUCACCCGAGGGGCGCAUUAGAGGCCUCGGCCUUUCAGUCCAGGGGAAAAGAGGCAGGUGCUGUUCCGAAGGCGUGGUGACAGUAUGGGUAGUGUGAGCAGGGGACGAGGAAGAAGAGCUCCAGGGGAAAGUGAACAGGCCCCUGCCUUUCCGGAGAUGAGGGGGCGGUAGGAAGACGCCUCAGCCUCCUCAAGUAGGAAGGGGAAGGGUCCAAACCUGUGAGGGAAUGAGAGACUGAGGGUCUUCUGAAGUAUAUAGGUAGAGAACGGAACAGUCUGGGAUGUCAGGGGGUGGGAAAACCCGUGUUUUGGAGGACCGGAGAGAAGAUAAUUGAGGGGAAGAAAUGACAUUUCUACUUUCAGAAAUGACAGGGGAAUUGGCCAGCUGCCUCCUAAUUGAGGGGCAGGAACGGUGAGAGCAGAAUCUUACCUGAGAGUCCUGGAGAGUGAUGAUCCACCAGACCAGACUAAGGCGUGUCAAGCCUUGACCUAGUAGGGAUGGGGGGGCGGGGGCGGUGCAGGGCUUGACCGUCCAAGGAACAGGAGGAGGUCUGAAUUCUCUUAAGAUGAGAGAAAUGCCAAAAGCACUUCCUAACAGACACAGAAAGGGCCUUGUUUGGUGUCUAUUUAGGAGAACCAAGAACUGGGUUUCCUCAACCUAGGGAUUGGGGAAAGGGAGGAUCAGAUCGUUCUAGACUCCCAGAGGGAUUCUUCUCCCUUGCCUCUGGUAAUGUUACCGAAGUGCUUUUGGAGGACCUUUUCAUUAAAUGUUUGGACUGUCUUCCCUAAUUCGUAAGCCUUUUAUCAAUUAUGGAUAUUUAAUAUAUACUUAGUAUACACUGACUUGAUGACUUUUUUCAUUAGUCAUGAGUCAACCAUUCAUAUUUACCUCAACAAACGUAUAUUAAGUAGCUAAUUUGUACUCAACUUCAUUGGGUUAGCUUGGGCCCUAAAUUGCUCUUGUCCUAGGCAGAAGUCCCCUAGAGUCUAGUGUGAUGACGCUUCAAAGAACCCUUUGUCCCAUCGCUUCCCCAAACACGUAUAUAGUAGUCUUCAAUAUGUGACCUGUCCCAAACUUCAUUUGCUUUGGCUCUGUCCCUCACAGUGGUCCUGUGUAGCCUUCUUGUCGGCUUUAUUACGUUUGAUAGCACCCUGGAUCACCUACCGAAUGCGUGAGAAGGAAUAAAGAAGGAAAAAAUCAAGGAGUUUUGGCAUCAACCCAGCUAUCUGACUUCAUGUGAAAGAUGGCUAAUGCAGAAGUAAGUGUUCCAGUGGGGGAUGUGGUUGUGGUUCCCACUGAAGGAAAUGAAGGGGAGAACCCUGAAGACACUAAAACCCAAGUGAUCUUGCAGUUACAGCCUGUGCAGCAAGGUUUGUUUAUCGAUGGACACUUUUACAACAGGAUUUAUGAACCUGGGUCCGAGAACAACACGGCAGUCGUGGCAGUAGAAACUCACACGAUUCACAAAAUUGAAGAAGGGAUUGAUGCAAGCACUAUAGAAGCAAAUGAGGAUAUGGAAAUUGCUUACCCCAUAACUUGUGGGGAGAGCAAAGCCAUUCUCCUCUGGAAGAAGUUUGUAUGUCCAGGAAUAAAUGUGAAAUGUGUCAAGUUCAAUGAUCAGUUGAUCAGCCCCAAGCAUUUUGUUCAUCUGGCUGGCAAGUCUACCCUAAAGGACUGGAAGAGAGCCAUUCGUCUGGGUGGAAUCAUGCUCAGGAAAAUGAUGGACUCCGGACAGAUUGAUUUUUACCAACAUGACAAGGUUUGCUCCAAUACCUGCAGAAGCACCAAAUUUGAUCUUCUUAUCAGCAGUGCAAGAGCUCCGGUGCCAGGACAGCAGACAAGUGUGGUGCAGACACCCACUUCGGCCGAUGGUAGCAUCACACAGAUUGCCAUCUCGGAAGAGAGCAUGGAAGAGGCAGGGCUGGAAUGGAACUCAGCUCUCACUGCUGCUGUCACCAUGGCUACAGAGGAGGGUGUGAAGAAAGACUCAGAGGAAAUUUCAGAGGACACUUUGAUGUUCUGGAAAGGAAUAGCUGAUGUAGGACUGAUGGAAGAGGUUGUCUGCAAUAUACAGAAGGAAAUAGAGGAGCUACUCAGGGGAGUUCAGCAACGGCUCAUUCAGGCUCCCUUCCAGGUAACAGAUGCUGCUGUUCUCAACAAUGUAGCACAUACAUUUGGCCUGAUGGACACAGUAAAGAAGGUUUUGGACAACAGGAGGAACCAAGUAGAGCAGGGAGAAGAGCAGUUUCUCUACACUCUGACAGAGUUGGAACGCCAGUUGGAAGAGCAGAAGAAGCAAGCUCAGGAUCACAGGCUGAAAUCCCAGACCGUUCAAAAUGUGGUACUGAUGCCUGUGAGCACUCCUAAGCCUCCAAAAAGGCCCCGGCUCCAGCGGCCAGCUUCUACCACAGUCCUGAGCCCUUCUCCUCCAGUCCAGCAGCCUCAGUUCACAGUCAUCUCACCCAUCACCAUCACCCCAGUGGGCCAGUCAUUUUCCAUGGGCAAUAUUCCAGUGGCCACCCUCAGCCAGGGCUCCAGUCCUGUGACUGUUCACACACUGCCUUCUGGCCCUCAGCUCUUCCGCUAUGCCACAGUGGUCUCCUCUGCCAAGAGCAGCUCACCAGACACAGUGACCAUCCAUCCUUCAUCUAGCUUAGCACUGCUAAGCUCCACUGCCAUGCAGGAUGGGAGUACCCUGGGCAACAUGACCACCAUGGUGAGCCCCGUGGAGCUGGUGGCCAUGGAGUCCGGCUUGACCUCGGCAAUCCAGGCUGUUGAAAGCACCUCGGAAGAUGGGCAGACCAUCAUUGAGAUUGACCCAGCCCCAGACCCAGAGGCUGAGGAUACUGAGGGCAAAGCAGUUAUUUUGGAGACAGAGCUGAGGACUGAGGAGAAAGUUGUGGCUGAGAUGGAAGACCACCAGCAUCAAGUCCACAAUGUGGAGAUUGUGGUCUUAGAGGAUUAACUGGGGAUCUCAGGGCCAGGAGAUAUGCUUUGGUUUGGAAUUUUAAUUAUUUGUUUAUUUUUAUCAUUGUCCCACUCAUUUCCACAUAGGAUCCUUUUUUUAAAACAAAAUCUCAUUGUUCUAACUGAAAAUGUUGGGUCCCUCCCUCCCCCUCAUUGAAAAACGGACAAAAACAAGCUGUCCUUCUGGAAGUUGAGAGUAGGUCACUCAAUGUCUAAAUCCUUUCAUGCAAAGAAAGUUAGUUCUUUUAGGCGAGGCAUCAAGACAACCAGAAACCCUGUCCGGAAAGCCCUUUCCAGGCUAGUCUGUCUGUGUACACGUGCGGUUUUAUUUUUGUAAAGAUGCAUUGGCCAAACUCUGGAAUGCAGAUCUGACACUGAAAGGCAACCCACCUGCACAUGGAUGCAGAGGAUACUUUAUUUUGUAUCCUGGAAAAGGCCCUCAGAGGCUAGUGCAAAACUCUGAAACAAAAGCAAGUUGAACUGUGCUGGGAGGGGAAGGUGGCAUACCAGCAGCAGCUUGAAAAGGGAAGUGCUUUGGUCAAGAUGGGGCAAGGAAAUUAUCUUACUUCCAGAAGUGCAACUGAUGCCUUUUGAUAUCUCUAAGGGGUUACUACCAUGGGUGCCAUUUUGAGGAGAGGCCAGUAAUAAGUGGAAGGGUACAUCUCCGUGGAGCAAGUGGCAUCAGGGGCCUGGGGCCUGUGACUUUGCAGAAAUAGAAAUCUGGGUUUCAAGCUCACUUUCCCCUCCUUCCCCAAUUUUGUCAAAGCACUUAACCCCCCUAAACUAGGAUCAAUCCAUUCAUUUGCAAACUAUGUGAUGUGGUGUAAAUUUCUCUGGUUCCUGGACUGUGGCUGUCAUGGAGGUGGGGCUCCAAGGCCAUAGUUUUUAUUGCAUGACUCCGGGUGCAGGGUAGUUCCUCAUCCAGACCAGCUGCCCUUUUUGGUGGGGCCCUUUUUUGGCUUUGGAACCAAAAGCAGCCACCCAUUUGGUGCUUCCUCUUGUUCUCCCUUCCAUCCCUCAACUGUUAAUGGCAUCUGUCUCCUGGAUCCCACGCUCUUCAGCUUUUUGGCUGAUUUGGAGAACAGUGACAGGUGUCUGCCUGCCUUCAUCCUCUUUUAGAUUCAUUUAUACCACAGAUGUUUCUGUGAGAUAUUGAGCUCUUAAAAAAAAAAAAAAAAAAAAAAAAAAAAAAAAAAAAAAAAACACCUUAGGCUUGGCAGAGAAGACUCAAUAGCCCCAGCCUAUCCUGAGGCAACAAAUAGAUGUCUCCUCCUGAGCGAGCUGGACUCCCUGGGAAAGAAGCAUUGUCUGCAACAUUAUAUUAUAGGAAAUGUACCAGGAAUGUCAAUAAUAAUAUCUUUGGGGGGUGUUGUUAUUAUUAUUUUUUUUAUCUUGUUUGUAUGUUUAGAGCUGGGCCAUUUUCUGUGCUGUGAUUCCUGCUCUUUGACCAUUUUCAGUGUUUGGGGCAAGAGUGGACCCUGGUUUUUAUUUCUUUGAUUGCAUUGUUUACUGCACUAGAUAAAAUAUAGGGAAACUGCAGACAAUUUAAAGGAAAAAGAGGUCAAAAGAAAGCACACACCUUAGGAGUGGGAGGUUUUUUUGUUUUUGUUUUUGUUUUUUAAUUAAAAGCAAAACUUUGGCUUAUACUUUCCUUUUUUUUUUUUUUUUUUUUUUUAAGAGGGCACCCACUUGAAGCCAUGUUUCUUCCAACAGAUGUUGGAAACCUUGUUGUCAAGCAAGUGAAGACUGCAUUCUGCCGUCUUUCAGAUGGCUUUAAUAGCUAAAGAAGCCCUCUAACUUGGGAGGGCAAUCUUAAAAGCCUUAAGGGUGAGAUUUCUUAACCCCAUAUAAUUGUGGCUUUCAGCUUUAAAAUUGUCUGGGGUUUUACUUUUCUCUUCAAAAUGUUCAAUAGAUGUAGCAAUCAGCUUAGAACAAACCUUUGGCCCUUUAGCGAGGGAAGUGGCUUUUAUUAUUGCUUCUUUAGGUUUUCUGAUGGUACAUAAACAAAACCAAAAUUUCAGUUUAAGCCUAAAACUGCUACUUGACCCUAGGAAGGCACAUGUCACCCCUAUCGUGGUUUUUAGGGACACUUUUCUUUUUCCCAGAGAUGCAGGGUCCGAUUCAGGACAGAGGGGGAGCCCUGGAGAACACCCACACACUAGCUCAGGUUCCUUUCUUUCUUCUGUCAGCUGUUGUUGGUAGUGUUUUAAAGCAGUGUGAGCGUCAUGCUUCCAAAGUCAAGAGAUCUUUUCCUCCUAAAGACAGAGCCUGUUUACUUGCACUAUCUGAAUAUUCUGGCUGGUGGAAAUACACAAGCUUUGUUGUUUUCCUGGUCUUCCAAUAGCCUGUCAUUAUUGCUAGCUGCUGUGGCACCUAUUGUGUGGGGGUUUCCUCAGAGCCCUGGUCUAAAUGAUCUCAGACAGCGUGAGAAAUAUGCAAGCCAUUGGUAUGUGCACAAGCAGUUGCAAUGAAUCAUUCCUCAGGCUGACUUGGCAGUAGCCAUCUAUAUUUCUGUUCAUUCAUUAAAUAAACAUUUAUAAGUACCAUCUACGUGCCAGGCUUUGUGCUAGGCACUGGCAGUACAGAGAUGAAGACAGAGUUCCUGCACUCAAGGACUUCAUACUUCAGAGGUUGUCUGGAGUUAAGAACUAUAUUUCAAUUUAAUUGGUUUCUUUUGUAAUCCUAUGUAUUUUAUUCCAUGCACUGAAAAACAUUAUUCUGCAAAUUAGCCCAUAGGUUUCGGCAGACUACGAGAGGCACAACAAAGUUAAGCCUUUUCUAGUGAGAUACUGAAACAUCAUCAUAUUGGGGUAAGUGCAGCGACAGAGCUACUGUCUGGGAGCUGAGAAGAAAGGAGCAGGGACCUGACCCAGCUUAGGGAUAGGGGUCAGCAAAUAUGGGAGUACUUCCUGGAGAAGGCGUAUACCUAAACUAAUGUAGCAGAGACCAUUUUUGGCUAGGUGUUUUUUUUUUUUUUGUACUCUAUUUCAAGUAGUUGGUCUUAUUUAUACAAGAGGGGGAAAAAUCCUUAGUCUUUUGCUGCCUCUGCCUCCAGAGCUAGGCAGAAUCAGCAGCAUGGGCUGUCUCCUGAGAGCAUCCCACUGGGAAAAGCCGAGUCAUGCGUCAGCUUCUCAGAAUUUCCAUCAGAGGAAUCCAGUGCCGGACUGGAGGUUAGCUGGUAGAAGGUGAAUGUCCCAAACCUUCCUGCCAUGUGGUUUCCACAAAGGCCUUGGAGUCAACUGUACAACGGUCAUACCUUAGUUAUGUCCCUCCCUCAUUCUUCUCCUUUCAGUUGCUAGGCUCCUUCCCUAUUCCCACCCCCAAAACAAAACAACUCCCAGUUAUUCUGAAGUAAAAAAAUGGACAAUAUACUUGAAUAAUCAAGAUUCAAAGCCACUUCACGUGAAGUUUCUUGCACGCUUCUGUCCACAUUAGGGAAGGAAGACUUAUGUUAAUACAGUUAUCUUGGAAAUUGAUACUCAGUUCAGGUGGUCUGCCACUGUGGUGGUGGCAUUUUAUCCCGUUUCAUGAAAGGCCCUAUGGUAAGUCUGUGUGGUGGGAAAUACUAGCAUUGGUAACAUCUGAUUAUAAAGAUAGUAUAAUCAAGCAUGAGAUACAGAAUUACCAGUUCACUGAAUUAUAACUGGUCCAGGUUUUAGCACUAUUAAGGAGGUGGAAAGGAUAAAGAAAAGGCUGAAUUCUGAAAAUAGGCAUGAGGUUGUGAUUCACUUUGGGCAAUACUCCUGAGGAAAUAGUCCUCUCUGAGAAGAAAGUCGGAUGCUAGGCUAGCCUGCAUUUUCAGACAAUUUCCCUAGUAUAGUUGAUUACGGAUUCCCUCACCCCUAGGAUACCUCUUGGGGAAAUUCUUACCUAGUUUGUAAUGUAUUACAAUAACAACCAAGGUUGUUACCCGAGACAAUCAAUUCUGCUAGAUUUGGACUCUUUGCCCCUGGAAUUUCUCUUCAGCAGCCCUAAUUGAGACCUUUCUAGGGUUCCCUCCCAAUCCCGGAACAACUUUCUUAGUCCUGAUGUAUGCAAUUUAACUUCCUCUAGAAGGUUCUAUUUUCCUCUAACUUCCAUUCCCAUACUACUACUUCCCUGGCCCUUGCUUUUGGGAGCCAAAGGUGAGUUAGUUCCUAAAUUCUGCCAUGUCAGUAAAACAAUCGUUUUUGUCAAGGUACCUCCAAGAGCCAAACCUCAGUAUACACCAAUCAUAGUCUGGGUCUUCUCUACUUAAAACAGCUUCCCUGACUCAAUCAGCCACCUGAAUUGAAGCACCUUUGGGAUGUUCUUAUGCAGUGACUAUAGGUAAGUUCUCCAGAACACAUAGAUUCUAAAACCUGUGUUUAUUUUUUUAAAAGGUUUUAUUUCUUAGUAAUCUCUAUACCCAACAUGGGUCUUGAACCCACAACCUCAACAUCAGGAGUCACAUGCUCCACCCACUCAGCCAGCCAGGUGCCCCUAAAACCUAUCUUUUAUACCCAAUUGAUUCUGUAUCUAUGGCUCAUGGUCCAGGCUAAGACAUGCCUGUUUCCUGGAUAGAUUAUUUCAGCCAAGUAUGAUUCCUACUGCCUCUUCACAACUACUUGAAAUUUCUGUUAUGUUUUACGAGCCUCUCAGCCUAAAAGUAGACUACAACCUGCUUUGAAAUUGCCUCUGGGUUCUCCUCUUGCAUCUGUGGUUUCCAAUUCUGUAUUCUUUACUGAUAGUUAUGGCUUAUAAUAUGGUAUAUAUAGAUUUAUUUUUCUAGUUUUGAGAACAAAAAUGAAUAAUAGUAUUGAAUCACAUCUAAGGAUAAACAUGAAGCUGGGUAAUGACCCAGAGGAAAGACAAAUUCCUUAACGGGCUUUGUAGGAGCUUCCAAAGAAAGCAUACAGAGAGGGUUACUUACAUUUUGAAGUAUAAGUUUGUUUUUUAAGAAUUUCUCUGCUGUUUUCUUUAAAGAAAUCUAUGUAUUAUAGAGCAGACUGGAAGCCCAGAGCCCUGAUUCAGCCUGAGACUUUGUUUGGUCCACAUUUUUGUUUUAACUUUUUGUGAAAUAUAAAUGCAUAUAGGAAAGUGCACAAAUGACUGUACAAUUUGAAAAGGUUAAACUACACACACCCAUGAAAUCAGCUACUAAAUCAAGAAGGAAAAAAAAAAAGUUACCAGCAUCUUACCCAGCCAGGAUAACCAACAUCUAGCUCUCAACACCACAGCUCAGUUUUACCUGUUUUUGAAUUGUUUUGUGACUGGUGUUUUCUCACUCAGCAUGAUGUUGUAAGAUUCACCCUUGAUGUUGUGUGAAGUUGUAAUUGGUUCCUUCUCAUUGCUCUGUAGAAACUAACUGCCAUAGCUGAUCCAUUCUAAUGAUGGGUGCUUGGGUAGUUUCCAGUUUGGGGGUAUUAUAGAUAAUGCCUCUGAACAUUCUUGUACAUGAGUUUUGAUGAACAUAUAUAUGCAUUUAUGCCUACAUAGUCUUUCAAACAUUAGGCCAGUUCACAUGUAAAAUUCAAAAUUCAAGAUACACCUCUUUAAAAAACAAAAACAAAAAAUAUAAUAAUAAUAAUAAAAAAACAAACCCAGAAGAACUGACAACACUGGGUCCAUAUUUCCUCACAGCAACACUUGACUGGAACUGAUUCCUGUCUCUGGUGGGGCAUGGUUUCUUCACCAUGUGACCCUGUUCCUAUUAUGGACCUAGACUUUCUUAUUUGGUAGCCUGUUUUUUUGAUUCAGUAAUCUCUUAGGACACUCUUCCCCCAGAUAAUUGCAAAGCUUAUUUCCUCACUUCCUUCAAGUCUCUGGUCACAUGUUACCUUAUCAGAGAGGACUUCCUUGACCACCCACCCUAUUAAAAAAUGGCAACUUCCCCUGCA